AUGUCUUCGUUUGCUACUGUUCGUUCACAGAUCAUAUCAUUGGAAAGUAACUCGCAAGAAUUAUUAACUAAGUAUAGUUCAUAUGCACAAGCCACAAGUUCUACAAAAAGUACUAGUGAAUCCAAAUUAGAUGAACAAAUUGAAAGUAAUUUUAAUGACAGAAGCAAAAUUAUAGAGAAUUUGACCAGAUUGGUAGACAACACAUCUUCUAAAUUAGCUCAGUUACAACAUCAUAGAGAAAAUUUGGCUGAAUCUCAAAAACAAUUUUUUGCGUUGAGAAGUUGUAUCCAACAAGAAAGAAACAAACUAAAUCUAUUGGCAAAUAUAAAAAAAGAUAUCUUGCAGGAUCAAGAAAACGCACAAUCACAAAAUAAUAACACCAAUGAAGACGAUUAUAUAAAUGAAGAAAGUCGCAAAAUUGAACAAACACAUGGGGUUGUCGAUAAUUUGAUCCAGCAAGCUUGGGAAACCAGAGAACAGUUUAUGACACAAAGAAGAGUGUUACAGAAUGCACAGACAAAAAUGUUUGGAGUGUUAGGUCGCAUUCCAGGUGUAAAUACUCUUAUUGGCAAAAUUAAUACUAGAAGAAAGAAAAACGCUAUCAUUUUAGCUUCGCUAAUCACUUUUUGUAUAUUGCUUUUGUUUUUCACGUACUAG